CAGCGCUGCUGCUUCCCCGACAGGCGACGCAGAGAGGGACGGAAGGAGGAGAAGAAGCGGGUAGCAGCCCACCCUCGACGCGUUUAAAAACUCUUUGGGCUCUAACACAACUUGACGCGCCUCGCGCUUGGAGACGUUUACGCGUCGGGCUGUGCGUCUAACGGAGAGCCCACCUGUCCGACGAAGGUAGAUUUCACUCCGUUUCCUCGAGGAUGUGAAUCUCCUGAUUUAUGUGAAGUAACGGAGCAGACAGACGGUCGCUCGGCUCGGAGCUGCUCUGGUGAAAAACAUGUGCAGCACAAACACGGAGGCUGGAGAGGACUGAGUCUUUCUCGGGAUUGAACAACUUUUUCCGCUGUUCCACGCCGGGACGAUGGAUGGAGAACAUUCUGCGCUGUCAGGGGUGGAGAGGGAGAGAGACAGGCUUCCCCCGAUUUACAACAGCUCCCCUCCCGCUGGUUUGGGCCGAGGAGCGAAGCAGCCGUUUCCGUCUCUGGGCACCUUCAUCUCCACACUGAGCCAGCGGAGGGACGGCGGGGGGAGGGGCUUGACUGGCGGCAUGACGGGAACCCUGACCAGCACCCAGUGGUUCAGACACGGGAGAGAGCUGCCUCCCAUCUGCAGCGACGUCCGUCAAAAACAGCGGCUCUCCAUCGACACGCUGCCCCCCGAGGUCAAAGCUCCGUUCCCCUGCGACCCCAUCAUCCCCCUGCGCACCAAGACCACCAGGGAGUUUCAGGAGGACAUGGAGCACGCCGUCCAAUCAGGUGACUGGAGGGAGAUCCGAGAGUUUUACCUGACCACCUUCGACUCCUUCAUAGAAAUCAACGCUGCCUUCAAGCGAGAGGCGAACGGAUCGUUUAACACCGUCGACGACUCGGGAGUCAACGCCAAGUUUGUGAACGCCGUUUACGACGCGCUGCUCAGCACGCCUCAGGACAUCCAGAAGUCAGUGCUGAAAGGGAUCAUCAACAGCCUGCUGAGGGAGUGGAAAGGGCCUCGGACGAAAGACGACCUGCGAGCUUAUUUCAUUCUUGUUCAGAACCCUCAGUAUUUGAGCACCAGCACUUACGUGAUCUACGCUCACCUGUUGAGGCAGAUCGCAGCUCUGUCUGAGGCCGACCACCACUUCCUGGUUCACUGGCUCAAAAAGCUGUCGGCGAGGCGUUUCAGGCAGCUGGUAGAGCGCCUCCUGCAGUUCAUCUCCACUCGUCUGUUCCCUGCAGAACCAGACGAACUUCCUCCUUUGGCCAAAUGCUCCUGGUGGAUCCCCUCCGCCACCAAAGUGCUCGGCCUGUUCAAUGCGGCCAACAGUGUGUCCUCUCCUCCCAUCAUGCCUUUCACCGACUUCUACAACAUCACUCUGGAGCACAUAGACUUCAUGGAGGAGUACAGGACCUGGCAGAACUACGGCAACUCAAAUAGGUUUUCCUUCUGUCAGUUUCCCUUCAUCCUUUCUACAGUGGUGAAGAAAGCCAUCAUCCAGAAAGACUCCGAGCAACAGAUGAUCAGUCAGGCCAGGCAAAGCCUGGUCAGUAAGGUUUCUCGCAGGCAGAGAGUGGACAUGAACCUUCUGUUCCUCAACAUUAAAGUUCGACGGGCACAGCUCCUCAGUGACUCACUGGAUGAGUUGACGAGGAAGAGGUGCGACUUGAAGAAGAAGCUGCGGGUGACGUUCGUCGGGGAGGCGGGGCUGGACAUGGGCGGCCUGACGAAGGAGUGGUUCCUGCUGCUGGUCCGACAGAUCUUCCACACAGACUACGGAAUGUUCACCUACAUGAAGGACUCGCGCUGCCAUUGGUUCAGCAGUUGGAAGUGUGACAACUAUUCUGAGUUCCAGUUGGUUGGGACUCUGAUGGGCUUAGCGGUUUACAACAGCAUCGCUCUGGACAUCCACUUCCCGCUCUACUGUUACAGGAAGCUCCUCACACCACCUACUGUACCAUGUGACCAAAAUGCCCUUGUCGGCAUGGCAACCGCCACCAUGGACGACCUGCAGCAGAUCAUGCCGGAGCUGGCUCAUGGUUUGGGAGAGCUGCUGAGCUACGAGGGAAAUGUAGAGGAAGACUUCUACCUCACCUUUCAGGUUUUCCAGGAGGAAAUGGGCAUGGUCAAAUCCUACAACCUGAAGCCUGGAGGAGACAAAAUCCCCGUCACCAAGCAGAACAGGAAGGAAUAUGUCCAACUCUACGUCGACUUCCUGCUGAAUAAAUCCAUUUAUAAACAGUUUGCGGCCUUCUACCACGGCUUCCACAGUGUGUGUGCCUCUGAUGCACUCAUGCUGCUGCGGCCGGAGGAGGUGGAGAUGUUGGUGUGCGGGAGCCCGGAGCUCGACAUGGGCGCUCUGCAGAAAGCCGCUCAGUAUGAAGGAUACAGCAAGACAGAAACCACCGUACGGUGUUUCUGGGACGUGGUGCUGGCCUUCCCCCUGGAGCUGCAGAAGAAGCUCCUCCACUUCGCCACGGGAAGCGACCGCGUCCCCGUCGGAGGAAUGGCCGACCUCAACUUCAAAAUCUCCAAGAUCGACGUUCCAACUGACUGGUUGCCGAUCUCUCACACCUGUUUUAAUCAGAUCUGUCUGCCUCCGUAUCGAACCAGGAAGGAGCUCAAACACAAACUCACCAUCGCCAUCUCCAACGCUGAGGGCUUCGGCCUGGAGUGACACGCACACACACACGCACACACACACACACACACACACACACACACUCUCAGCACAAACACACACACACACACACACACUCAGCACAAACACACACACACACUCUCAAACACACACACACAGUGCACCUUAUGCGUCUCUGUGGUCGUGGAUCGGGCUGCAGAGGGAACGGGUUCAGAUGUCAAACAAUAAUAUUAUGGGCUGUCAUGCAGUUGGUGUUGUUACAUGAGGGUUGGACAGAUCAGAUGGGAACUUUCCCUGAACAGAAACACUAGAAAUCCUUUUAUUUGCACACGUCACACAGACUUUUUGAUGUCACAUAAAGGAAGAUAUCUUUGAAAAUAUCUGUCAGCCGUCCACAAACUUCACUGAUCAAAUCACUUCAGCAGUGAAAACAUAUCAGUCACAUGUGUUUGUAUCACCAAAACUCCUUUCGUUUGCUGGUUUGCUCAGGUAAUAAUUCUUAUCAGUUGUACAGUUUGUUGAAUAGAGUACACGAGUGCGUCUGCUUUAAGCUGGUUAAAUGUGUAAAUGCAUUAUUUCCUCUCAGUUUCAGCCCUCCACCCAAAGCAAAACAGUAUUUUUCACCCCAUGAAACAGCUUUUCCAAAACGAUGACAUGAGAUACAAGCGAGUGGGCGGCUGACUGGCUGAUGAAGACGACAUUCAGUCGCCUCUAACUUUUUGUGAUUGUUUGAAAUGUCCGUGCAGCCGAACGCGCUGCAGAUCUGUUCACACUGAGCUGGAUUCAUGCUGAUUUAGUCAAACGUGAUGAUAAUGAAAGGAGGAUUUUCUCAGCAGAGUCACUGCUGGUUAGCACGUAGUUUUUAUGACGUCACUGUUUCAUGCUCCUUCAGUCGUCCGACAACAAUAACAAUCAGAACAACUGUGUGUAAUUCAAUAAUCAGUAAAUCAAUAAGCUAGAGUUCGUCCUGAGUGUUCGGACGGUAAAAGCAGAGAACAGUGUCACUGUUUUCGUGUCCAUUCUCACUUUCUUUGCUUUGGUGACUUUUUAAACGUGUUUUUGUGAAGGCAGGAAACGUUUCCGACAUCACUCCGCUGUCAGGACGUAGGAACGCCGUCGUGUACCAUGAGAUAUAGAUUGUCUUGUGAAGCUUUGUCGAUGUUGUUCUUGUUGUUUUUGUGCUGUUUGACAUUGCUGCCUGUUUAAUCGAACAAAAGGCUGCAGCAGAUCUUUUUUCUUUUUAAAUGUUUUAAUAUUGUGACACGUUGAACCGGAGCUGCUGACGGACAGUUCUGUGUUUGUUCGGUUCUGUUAUGUUGUUGUGUUGUCUCACAGCUGCCAUCAGGCUGAUGACCUGCAGCCUGCAGCUCGCAGCUGGUAGAAGAUGAAGCCGUCUUCCAGACGUCCUGUUCUGGUUUUAACAUGUAGUUGAACAGUCAGACUGGUGAGUUCAGAUGUUUCACUGAUUGUGGCUAAAAACUUAAAGAUUGAUCAUCAAUCAGUGAUCUCAGCCCUGCAAAGCAGCUUCAGCGAAGCACCGUUUCUGGCACUCAGUGCUUAGAAAUGUCCUUAUUGGGCCAAAAUAGCAGAUUUUCUUCCUCGUGUAGUGACUGAAGUUAAAGUCGAGCUCACUGUUGUCAAGCGUGGUCAGAAGUUUUAUCACAGCAAUAUUCAUUAAAUGAUGGAAACUUUCAGCCUUCAACAAUUAAAGAAAUGGAAACUAAUUGACAGCCUGCACUGCUGAACUCUAAUAAUGAGCGAGCGAAGACGACCUCAUGUGUUCAGUUCUCACCUGCUCGCGCUCUGUGUGAGGCGAGUUUUGAGCUUCAUCUCCCUUCAGGUGGGCGCCAACUUUCAACAUUCGCUUCAAAUCGACCUUGAUGAGCAGAGACGAGUGCUUCUGGCUCUGGUGCUCUGUUUGUGGAAAGGUUAGAUAAGAUAAGACUUUAUUGAUCCCACAGCGGGGAAAUUUACUUGUUACAACAGCAAGAAUAAAGGAGAGGUAAUAAAAGAGCAACGCUUUAAUCUGUGCAUUUUCAUGGUCGACUGGUUACUGUGGCUCUGCUCAUACAUGCAGCAGGUCAGUAGUCCACUUUCUUUACCCACAACCUCAUUUUGAUGAACAGCUCUGACAAUAGAAGUCGCAGCUGGCUGACUUUCUCGACUUGACGUGGCAGAGAACUCAGCGCUCUGCAGUAGAAAUGUCACAGGAGAAAACCUCCACCCGCCAGUUAGCGACACCAGGUUUGUUGUUUGCUGUUGCAGAAAUGAGCUCACUGGAGACUGAUCUGAGAUCUGACUGUUACCUGGCCACCUGGGUGCAUGUAAACACACUGAAUGUGAAGCAGCUGACGGAAGUCUCUGCAGUAGCUCGCGUUGGACUUUGACAGAACGGCAAAGCCGAGCAGUGGCGGUUAGCUUUUAUUUGAUAUUCGUGGUGGAUAAAUGCAUUGAAGAUCCAAUGAAAUUAAGACUUUAACUUCCAGGAGAAUGUUAAUGGUGACUUUAUCCCGCACCGGAAGGUGUGGACGUAGAAUUAAUUGAAUAAAGCCGUCACAGGCUUCAUUACAAACAACUGUCUGUCAGAUCAAAGCGCCGCUUCACUGAGAAGCUGCAGGAGACGGCCGGGAUUUAAGCACCGCACAUCCUGGUGACAUCCUGGCUGCCUCUGGUGAAGCUUUUUUGUCUUUCGUGCUGCUGCUGUCUCUCGUCCAGCGCUGGUUUCAAACACUCAGCACUCUCUUAUGUGAGGUUGCCAUGGCAAGAUGUCUGAAGUCCUAAAGACCCAGACAAAAAAAAGCAAGAAAUCACCAAGCAACAGUGAAGCAGCUUGUGUGGCUGCACCGUCCAAACUCAUCAGUCUGAUCUGGGUCACUCAUUCGCUCAGUCGACCGAGUGUCUAUAGGGUCUGAAAAAGCUCCUUAUACAACAAUGGACCCUUUCUGUCAUUGAACGACAAGUCCAGAGCAACAGCGGGAGCCAGAAGCGGCUCUUCUCCAAGCAUCUGUUUGAGAAGGACUUCGCGCCACAUUCACAUCACGUCGGGCUCAUUGCGAAACGAGCCGCUGACUGGAAAGAAUGUCGGCGGCUCGUCCCGAAUACUAAAAGUCCAGGAAGCGGGCGAUGUUGCGGGAGGAACUCAGGCUUGGACAAAUGGGACGACGUUGAUGUGAGAGAAGUAGUUUUUUGAUAUGCUGAUCUGACCCAGGUCUGUUGUCGUGAAUGGGACCAAACUGUGUCAGGUUAUACAGUGGGAUGGAGGCAUCAAACACCUGUCUGAAAAUAGUUCAAAUGGGUUGAAAAGUUUGUUGAGAUGUAAUUAUUUUCACUUGCCAGAAAAGUGCAGACGGCACUUAAAAAGCAGAGAAAACUUCUCCUGUUUUUUUAUUAUUAUUUAACAGUCAUCAGUCAUCAUGUACAUUGAGUUCUGUUGGGUUUCAACAUGCGUUGCCACAGUUUGCAAUGACUGACUGAAGGACCAUGCAUGACCCAUUUUUCAAAACCCAUUAUGCUUCUCUGUUGCCCAAGUCUUAUAUAACAUACUGUAUGUACUGCCGUGUUUCCACAAGUAUUUACUGUGCAGUAAAGGCUGACGAGGGGCCGUCCCUC